UGUCGGAAGAGUGGCUUCAAAGAUAAAACAUCGAAUGUGGAGUGGAAAUUGAAGGUGACAACGGGGCGUUGACGAGCAAGUUGAUAAGCUUUUUUUUUUCAAUGCUUCGGCCAUAAAAAUCGGAACAAUACCGAAUCUUUGCGUGGAUAUUCGAAAAUCUGUUGAUGCAUUUAAAUUCGUCGACAUCCAAAGUCACCAAGAAUCGCCGAAAAGUUACCAUCUCUUCCAUUUUUUUUCUUCGGUUCAUUUGAUUUCAUGGCGAUUUAGUAACUGAGAAGCACAGAACUUCUCGUGGAAUGAUUGCGACUGAAAACGUACCUGCAGGACGAUCCAACUGCUUCAUUCAUGCACAGCAUGAUUGAUUCAUCCCCAUCGGUGUACGUGUUUUCAUGGCACUUUGGUUUCAGGGUAUUCUUUCCAAGCAUGAGAGAGGCCAUUGCAAUCUUCGUGACUUCUCUGUUGGUUCUUGGAGCAAUUCAAGAGGGGAAUUCACAUGGAGACCAACCUUUAUCCAAAAUCGCCAUUCAAAAGGCAAUGCUCGCUCUGAACGACAAAGCUUAUCUCAGAGCCUCCCCUGCAGUUCUUGGAUCCAACGGUCAAAAUGCCGAGUGGGUGACAGUGGUAUACAGUUCUCCACACCCAUCUGAUGAUGAUUGGAUCGGUGUGUUCUCUCCUGGAGAUUUCAAUGAUUCAAACUGUCCAGCAGAGACAAAGAUGGUCAAUCCACCCCGACUGUGUUCUGCCCCUAUCAAGUUCCAAUACGCAAACUAUAGCAGUCCAAGUUACAAGAUCACUGGGAAUGGGGCAUUGAAGUUUCUACUGAUAAACCAGAGAUCUGAUUUCUCCUUUGCCCUUUUCUCUGGCGGCUUAUUGAAUCCAAAACUGGUUACAGUAUCAAACAAAGUAGUCUUUUCAAACCCAAAGGCUCCUGUCUACCCGCGUUUGGCACAAGGAAAAGAGUGGAAUGAAAUGACGGUAACAUGGACGAGUGGAUACAGUAUUGACAUAGCAGAACCUGUUGUUGAGUGGGGCAUGAAAGGAGGAGAGCCUAAACUCUCCCCAGCCGGGACAUUGACAUUUGGGCGUAACAGCAUGUGCGGUGCACCUGCAAGGACAGUUGGAUGGCGUGAUCCCGGAUACAUACAUACAGGCUUUCUCAAAGAGCUCUGGCCUAAUGCCAUGUAUACUUACAAAGUCGGGCAUAGAUUCUCCAAUGGUGAGUUCGUAUGGAGUAAGGAAUAUCAGUUCAAAGCUUCUCCCUUUCCUGGUCAAAACUCUCUCCAACGUGUUGUGAUCUUUGGAGACAUGGGAAAGGCUGAGAUUGAUGGUUCAAACGAGUACAACGAUUUCCAACGUGCUUCUCUCAACACCACAAAGCAACUUAUUCAAGAUUUGAAGAACAUGGAUAUGGUUUUCCACAUUGGAGAUAUUUGUUAUGCCAAUGGGUACCUUUCACAGUGGGAUCAAUUCACAGCACAGGUCGAGUCUAUUGCUUCAGCUGUUCCGUACAUGAUUGCAAGCGGCAACCAUGAGCGUGACUGGCCAAACUCUGGAUCCUUCUAUCAGAAUUUGGAUUCAGGAGGAGAGUGUGGUGUACCAGCUGAGACAAUGUUCUAUGUCCCUGCAGAAAACAGAGCUAAGUUCUGGUACUCAACUGAUUAUGGGAUGUUCCGGUUUUGCGUGGCUGACACAGAACAUGACUGGAGAGAAGGAUCUGAGCAGUAUAACUUCAUUGAGCACUGCCUAGCAUCAGUUGACAGACAAAAGCAGCCAUGGUUGAUAUUUCUUGCACAUCGCGUCUUGGGCUAUAGCUCCACGUCGUUUUAUGCAGUAGACGGCUCUUUUGGUGAACCAAUGGGUAGAGAGAGCCUUCAGAAGCUCUGGCAGAAGUACAAGGUUGAUAUUGCCAUCUAUGGCCAUGCCCAUAACUACGAAAGGACAUGCCCAGUCUACCAGAAUAUAUGCACCGACAAAGAGAAGAACAACUACACGGGUAUGCUAAACGGUACAAUACAUAUAGUUGCUGGAGGUGGAGGAGCUGGUCUCGGUGAAUUCUCCGAGCUGCAACCAAACUGGAGUAUUUACAGAGAUUAUGAUUACGGGUUUGUUAAACUUACAGCGUUUGAUCACUCCAACCUCCUGCUCGAGUACAAGAGAAGCAAAGACGGCCAAGUCUACGAUUCAUUCAGCAUAUCCAGGGAUUACAGAGAUAUCUUGGCUUGCACCGUCGAUAGCUGCCCCGCUACAACACUUGCUUCGUAGAAUCAUCUGUUGAGAAUUCCUUGACGAAUAAGACCUGACAAACCCUGCAAUUCUCUCAAAGAGAUGGCUCUGAGAUUGCAAGUAGAAAUCAUUCUAGUUUUUGGCACCUUGUGGGCCAUGGUUCUUUUGAUUUUUCGAUUCAUUGAUCAUAUUCUCUCAUGACAACAUUGUCAUGAUGUGGAGAACGAAGGCGCAGAAAGUAGAUACUGUCUCCUUAAUCAAAACAGAUGAAAGUUGUGAUCUUUAUCGUCAUGGAAAGUUUACAAUGGGGAAACUUUUUCGUA